AUGCGAAUUAUGGAAAACCUCCUAAUUUAUGCCAAUGGAAGGAUGAGAACCUGUAGACAGACAUCAUACAACAACACCACGAUAUCCGAAUAG